AUGUUCUUGACAAGAUCAGAAUAUGACCGUGGUGUCAACACCUUCUCACCUGAGGGUCGAUUGUUCCAAGUCGAAUAUGCUAUGGAAGCUAUCAAACUCGGCUCCACCACAGUCGGCAUAACGACCCCACACGGCGUCAUCCUCGCUGUCGAAAAGCGAGUCCCCUCCCCGCUCAUCGAAUCCUCAUCCAUCGAAAAGAUCAUGGAGAUUGAUGCGCACGUCGGAUGCGCCAUGUCGGGUCUCACGGCCGAUGCGCGCACGAUGGUCGACCAUGCGCGGGUGACGAGCCAGAUGCACGCGUUCACGUAUGACGAGAAGAUUGGGGUGGAGAGCUGUACUCAGGCAGUGUGUGAUUUGGCGCUGAGGUUUGGAGAGAGUGUGGAGGAUGACGAUGCGUUGAUGUCACGGCCAUUCGGUGUCGCUCUUUUGAUUGCAGGCAUCGACGAGAAGGGACCGCAACUGUACCACACCGACCCAUCAGGUACUUUCACCCGGUAUGACGCCAAGGCGAUAGGAAGUGGAUCCGACGCGGCGCAACAGAGUCUGCAGGAUGCUUACCACCGGCAAAUGACCCUGGAAGAAGCGGCCGGUCUCGCACUCAAGGUGUUGAAGCAAGUGAUGGAGGAGAAGUUGGACGAGAACAACGUUCAGCUCGCAAGGGUCACACCCGAGAAGGGAUUCCAGAUCCUGGCAGAGGCGGAGCUGAAGGAGAGGAUCGAGGCUAUCGCCGCGUAG